ACAACAGCUCAAUUUUAAAUAACCAUUAUCCCAUAAGAUCAGCUCAUUAUAAUGUAUAAGGUAAUUCAUAUCGUCGUUUUCUCGCUGGCAGCUUUGAGCGCUCGAAGUCAAGUUAUUUGGGAACCCCCUGCUGAAUUACAUCCAGUUCAUGGGCUAUACGUCAAACCCUCAAGCGAUGGUACUACAGGCGAUCUCUACGUAGCAGCCACGGAAGAAAAUGGUAUUAAAUCACAAUGGCUUACUGAUCAGCCCAUCAACUUCCUCCCAGCAGCGACGAAUCUCCAACCGAAAACUGUUCCAUUAACGUCAAGUCCUACCAAAACAUCGCCACGCGGGGACAAAAUCACAAACCAGAAACGUGCUAUAAUUACAAGUCCUGCAGUGAAGUAUGCAUACACCCUACCAGGUGCGGAGAAUUUAGUUCCAUACCCAUAUGCAGCCCCAACAAACCCACCCUCCGAGGGAUCCGUAACUCCACCGUGUUCUAAAGAUAUUCCAGCGCAACCUUACCCGUUUCAGUAUUUCUAUCCUCAAAUGAUGUCUGCAAUCACAAACGUAAUGAAAUCUUAUAAAGAAAGUGAAAGUACUGAAGAGAAUACUCCGAUAGCUGCACCCACGCCUUAUUGGCCCCAAGCUUAUGGAUACCCUUAUCAGUACGUUUUCAUAGAUCCAAAUACAUGGGCGCAGAGUCAAACCAACCCAUUGCCCUCAGAAGCACCAAGUUCUGGCAGUAGCGAGACUGCGUAGAAACAAAAUUCUAAUUUGUUAAAUUACCUAAUAUUAUAAUUUAUUUUAAUUUAUUAAUUCAUUGUUACCAAAUUCAAAUGUAUAAAUAGUGUAGGAUGAAUUGAGAAUAAAUGAUAACAAAAUGUUUAGGAGAAGUUUUGAA